AUGGUGGCAGCUGUCAAUGCUUUUGUGGGUAGAUCCAAUCACUUAUCCUGUUUUGCAUAUUCAUUGAACUUAAUAGUUGAGUCCGUCUAUAAACUUGAAUCUUUCUGCGCGCUUUGCGAAAAAGUAAGAAAUAUUGUUAAGUUUUUUAAAAAUAGCGUUGUAUAUAGUGACAAACUCCGCUCUUCGCAAAAUUGCAAUCCGCCAUUAAAACCAAUUUUAGAUGUUCGAACGCGCUGGAAUUCAUUGUACUAUAUGUUAGACCGGUAUGUACAGCUCGCGCCAACAAUUCACCAAAUUUUAGUCCUUGAUUCCAAAGCGCCUCCUAUACCAACAGCUCAAGAGUUAGAGACGAUUACAACUAUCUUGGAAGUUUUAAAGCUGUUUGAAAUUGCAACAAAGGAAAUCUCUGGAGAACAAUUUGUGAAAGUCAGUAAAGUUAUCCCAAUAGUUAAAACCCUUCGUGCACAAAUGAGAAAUGAGAUGGUAAAAAACGGUUCGAAUAACGACAUAGUUAACAAAGUGAAAAUGGUUCUAAAUGACCAAUUAACUAUUCGCUUCAAAAAUAUUGAAGAAAAUCACAUUCAUGCCUUGUCAUGUGUUUUAGACCCAAGAUUCAAAAAUAUUGCGUUUUCCGAUCCGUGUGCUUAUGCCAGAUGCCUAUCUUGGCUGCGGGAUAUGCAAAGUCAUGAGGAAGUGUCUGAGGCACAAAAAGAUUCUGACGUGGAAGUUGUAGAAUCCCCCGAAAAGAAUGAUUUUUGGAACCACAUUAGAACCUUGGCGUCUGGUAGGGAAGGGGGUCGCGCGACACAACAAAGGGAAAGCAUUAGUGAAUACAUACAUUGCAAACUUCUUCCAGUAAAUGCUGAUCCGUUGUAUUUCUGGAAAGAAAAUAAAGUCAAAUAUCCUUUUUUAUCUAAAACUGCGCUUAGAUAUCUUGUAAUACCAGCAACGUCUGUCCCGUCAGAACGAUUGGUUUCUAAGGCAGGCUUCACAUUGGCGAAAACGAGCAGGUUGGCGGGUAAGAGGCUAGAUAAACUGCUUUUCUUGGCGGAUUGCACUGAGGAGGAGUGGGGUUUUUUAAGAGGAUUUUUCGCGUUCAAUAUGUUUACGGAUAUUCAACUAAUUUUUUGA